AUGGCAGUACAGUAUUGCAGCGUUGGACUCGCCCGGCAAAGGUCAGGCGAAGAGUGGAGGUUCGGUGCGACUUUCCUGAGCCUCGAGAGUAACGACGACUGGAGUGAAGAAAGAAGUGUGGAGAACGUUCAGCGCUCCGCACGGCACACGGCGGAGUUGUUAGCCAGGACCCAGGACUUGGAAAAAAGUGCCAACAAAUUUUUAGAUGACUCCGUCACUUUGCUCCAGAGUGUCAAGGGAAAGGUCCAAAGUGCCACAGACCAGACGAACUACUGUAUGCGUAUGAACAUGUCUCGACUUCUGCAGCAGAAGAAGGCCCUAGAGAGAGGUCUAGCAGAAAGUCAAGAAGAUAUCACCAAAACUGAGUCGCUGUUGGAGCAGAUGCAGCGAGAAAUUCAGGGUCAGAAGGAUGCCAAAGUAGAGGAGAAGGAUAACUUUGACGUGGGCCCACUGUCGGUUCUCCAGAAAUGUGUGAAGGACAAUUCACAGGUGCUCAUCAAUUGCCGCAACAACCGCAAGAUUUUGGCACGCGUGAAGGCCUUUGACCGUCAUUCCAACAUGGUCUUGGAAAAUGUGCGGGAGAUGUGGACAGAAGUCCCUCAUGGUGGCAAGAAAAAGGCCAAGCCAGUGAACAAGGACCGCUUCAUCAGCAAGAUGUUCCUCCGGGGGGAUUCGGUGAUUCUGGUCCUGCGCAACCCCAAGUCAUUGGAGGACUGGGAGGCGGCUCCCGAAAUCUCCUUGGAUCGGCUGGAUCAGCGCCUUCCCCUGGCUGUGCAGCAGGACAUCCGCCAGAGUGCCUUCGAGCGAAUGCAGGAGCAGGUGCAUAAUGCAAAGAGCAACGUCCACGUCCUCAGCAACAAGUGCGAAGAGUCCAAGGACUUGUUGUCCAAGCUCCGCGAGUCCUCCGCCGAGCUCCAAGAGCAUUUGAGCGCCAAGACGGCUUCGUGGAGGAUCGACUUGCAAUGCGCCAAACUGAAAAGCAGUGGGAAGGAGACUUCGAGAUCACAAGCGUCCAAUUCGAAGGAUUCCUUGUUCGUGGCACCCUCGCCGGUGCGGCUGUCCAAACAGACGUUGGAAAUGAUUCGCUGCAAGAUCAACACUGCGGCGUACGAAGGACCUCAUGGUCAAGGCUUUGAUGUGAUCUUCAAUCGCUAUGAUCAGGAUGGUUCCGGCUGCCUCAGUGCUCGCGAGGUGCGCCGUGCCCUGAGAAGAAGUUUGAGGAUCCCAGGAAACUCCAUCAGUGACCGGCAGAUCUUUUCCUUUUGCGCCUGGUUGGAUGUGGACGGCUCGGGCGCAGUGGAAAUCGAUGAGCUGGUCGCGUUUCUUGGGCGCCCCGAAGCUUCCAAGAUGACCUCGGAGCGCAAGUGCCGCAACGAGGUGUCCAACCGAUCUUUCGAGCUGGACUGUUUCGUCACACCACGGAAGAGCCAGCUCAGCAACCAGAAGAAGCCCAGCAAUCGCUUGCCAUCUCUGAAUAAGCGAAUGCUCAGCACGCUUCGAUCCAAGAUUAAGGCAGCCUCAUACGCUGGUCAACUGGGAUGUGAAGUGAAGGCCAUGUUCUCCCGCUUCGACCACACAGGUUCUGGAGUCCUGGAGGAAGAGCAACUGCGACAGGUCUUCCGUCGAGCCAUGAGGAUUCCACCAAAAGUGAUUUCAGAUGAGCAGAUCUCCAAGCCCGGCCCUGAAAACUCCUUAGGCCGGUUCGUCCUUCCAAGUGGUCAUGCACGAACACAGCCCGCAAGGGCUUUUCCGGCGCAGACCGUUAAAACUGGUUGGACUUUGUUGAGCACAGGGAGCAUCUUAGUGCUGGUUCUCCAAGCUCUCAUUCAAAGGCUCCUUCCUGGUUUCUUCAUGAACAGGGCAGUGAGGAAGACUGGGCAAAGGCUGGAAAGGACACAGCCCGCCCCUGCACGGCCGGUCGAGGAGGAAUACAUCAAGGACUUCAUUAAUUCACCUCAAGGUAAAACUUUGAGCACCCUUUCCUUCUUGGUGGUCAGUGGUUCCCAAGGCAUUGGGAAAUCAACCAUGCUGAACAAUCUCAUGUGUGAGCAUGUGAAGAAUGGCAAAAAUGUGCUUCCUCUUGAUAUUUCUGUUCGUCCUGGUGAGGACUUGAAGCUGAACGAGGCGCUACCCCAAGCGUUACAAGCCGUAGAUUUGCCCCGAUAUUACCCGUCAAAUGUCAAAUUUUUGCUGGAACGGGUGAAUGAGACGUCCAAGCGCCGAACAGGCAGUGCCGUCGUGGUAUACCUGCAACUCACAACCAAAAGCCGCGGAGACAAAUUUAGCAGGGAUGCCUGUGAUGACAUUGCUUCCACCCUCGGUGCCUUCGCUCGCAACGUCACCUACGACAAUGCCGCGUGCAAGUUCAUUUUGGAGGUCAGCGUGUCUGCAGUGGCAGACAUCAUCAAAGAAAGGUUUAACAUGUCAGAUUUGGUGGUAGUGCGACCACUACCUUUCGAAGACUUCACGUCUGUGGUCAAGGAGGUGGCGAAGCAGGGAAACAACUUCCGGACGCUGAACCAGGUUCUUGCCGAAGAUGACAUGGAGCAGGUGUUCAAGCACUAUAGGAGUACAACCAGUGAAACUGUGGCUUUGAAGCAUUGGAAUUUCGUCGCCAAGCUCUUUGAAGAGGAUGAGCAGAAGUUGAGGGAUGCAGGAUACAUGUGA